GGGCAGAGUGAGGAUUCCAGAAGCACCCUAGGAGAAGCAUUUGGACUCUUGGAGCCUUUGCGGGCCAGAGGCGGGUCUGUCCCUGGUUUGCUCCUACAUCCGGGGUCUUUCCACCUGCUGCCUCUGCCUGCUUCACUUGGAGGGAGAAGCCUGGCCAGCUCUCCUAGUUUUUAGGACAUUCCAAGGCCGGCUUCCCACUGUUUCAUUCUCCAUCAACAUCUGUGGAACCAAGUUAUGUCCACUGCUGCUUUAAUAAAUCUGGUUAGAACUGGAGGCCACCAAGCAAGGAGAGUGCUGCUAACAUCUCGUAUUUUGCAAGACGACAAGCACCUGACAGCCGUAUGCCAGAGUUCUACCACUGAACGCAGAACCUCCCGUUUUGACCUGGAUGGUAGUGGCCGUCCUGCCACUUGGGACUCAUUUGGUAUCUGGGACAACCGCAUUGAUGAGCCCAUCCUUCUCCCACCAAGUAUAAAAUAUGGAAAGCCAAUCCCCAAGGUCAGCCUGGCAAAUGUGGGCUGUGCCAGCCAUAUUGGGAAGCGGAAAGAAAAUGAAGAUCGCUUUGAUUAUGCUCAGCUGACUGAUGAUGUCCAGUAUUUUGCAGUUUAUGAUGGGCAUGGUGGGGUGGCAGUAGCUGAUUUUUGCAAUAAGUACAUGCAAAAAUAUAUCCGAGAAUUUCUUGCUGAGGAACAGAAUAUGGAACUAGUAUUGAUCAGAGCUUUUUUAGAAAUAGACAAAGCAUAUCUGAGACAUGCUGAAUUGUCAGCCAAUGCUACCUUGCUGAAUGCUGGGACCACAGCAACUGUGGCUCUACUGCGAGAUGGGAUCGAGCUGGUUGUGGCUAGUGUUGGUGAUAGCCGUGCACUUUUAUGCCGUAAAGGGAAAGCCAUGAAGCUGACCAUUGAUCAUACACCUGAAAGGAAAGAUGAGAAAGAAAGAAUAAAGAAAUGUGGUGGUUUUGUAGCCUGGAACAGCUUGGGGCAGCCUCAUGUGAAUGGCAGGCUAGCAAUGACUCGCAGCAUAGGAGACUUGGAUCUUAAGAAAUAUGGUGUGAUAGCAGAACCAGAGACUAAACGGGUUCAGUUGCAACAUGCAAGUGACAGCUUCUUGGUCCUUCAACAGAUGGCAUCAACUUUCUGGUGAACAGUCAAGAAUUUGUGCUUUGUUAACCAGUGUCAUGAUCCCACUGAAGCAGCUCAUGUAGUCACCG